AUGUGUUUUGAGCAGUGUGUGAACGAGGUGGUGAUUGUGAUGCUGACGCCACUGUUUGAGGGCGGGCGUGAAAAAUGCUACAAGUACUGGUCGGAAAAUGACUUCCGCGCCGGGGACGGGCUGGUACUGGAAUUUGGCGGCGUGCGCGAAAGCGAGAGCGGGCAUUUCACGGUGCGGCACUGGACGCUGCGGGAUGAGACGAGCGGGGCACUGAAGCCGGUGACUCAGUACCAAUUCCACGAGUGGGCGGAUUUCAGUGCGCCUGAGCAGGCGCCGUCGUUGGUGGAGCUGAGCAACAGCGUACACUCGCACGACACGACAGACCCGAUUGUGGUGCACUGCUCGGCCGGCGUGGGGCGGUCUGGCACGUUCAUCGCGGUGGACUACUUUCUACAGCACUGCACAGCGAGUUUGACGGCUCCCGACACCGACGACGCUCGCGAGGACCUGAUCACGCCGGUCAACAACCACGAGGUGCGAGACCCCGUGCUGGAGAUCGUGCUGGAACUACGCAGCCAGCGCGUGCUGAUGGUGCAGCAAUUCGAGCAGUUUGCGUUCAUCUACGACUGUCUGCGGCAGUACUACAUCAGCAGGUACCUGAAUAAAACGUGA